AUGCCUCGAAAAUAUAUAAAAAAGAAAGUGCAAAAAUAUUCCCAAGAAGAUGUUGAAAAAGCAGUGGAAGAAGUCAACCAGGGGAUAUCUUCAAUUUAUGGUGCUGCAAAAAAAUAUAGCAUUCCCACAACGACUCUUUUUGAUAAAGUGAAACUAAAUCACAUCCAAAACAUUGGUAGACCACAAGCUAUCCCUUUUCAACAAAAAGAAGAAUUGGCAAAUGGCCUUCGAAUUAUGGAGAAAUGGGGGUUUGGUCUGUCUAGAAACGAAAUGCUUGAUGUAGUUACUGACUAUGUUGCGAAAAAUAAACUGAAAACUCAUAACAACAGACCUGGCCCAGAUUGGUUUCUUAAUUUUAAAAAAAGACACCGAUUGUCAACUAAAAAACCUCAACCUCUUGAACAUACUCGAAAAAAAAUGACGGACCCAUUUAUUAUUCAUGAGUAUUUUCAGCUACUAGGAAAUACUUUAGCCGAUCUCAAUUUGUUUGACCGUCCCGAUUUAAUUUGGAACUUGGACGAGACCUCUCUGUGUCUAGAUCCUUCAAAGACGAAAGUAGUAGGUGCGGUUAACAAGCCUUGUUCAAGAGCAACAUUUGGCAGUGGCAAAGAAAAUAUUACUGUUUUAGCGGCCGCAAAUGCCACUGGCCAAAAAAUAGCACCCUCAAUAGUAUUUAAGAGGCAAUAUAUAUGGAAACAGUGGACGGCUGAUAAAAAAGAUUAUUCAUUUGAGUUGACCUACGCAGCAAGCAGCAAAGGUUGUAUGGAAGGAGCUGAAAUAAUAACUUCUAAACAAUUUGAAGAUUUGGAAAAGCAAAGUAACGAAACAGCGUCAAAAAAAGCUAAGCCGAAAAAAAGGAAGUCAAUAAAAGAUAUAGAUUUCGCAGAUGCGGGACCUUCAGGUAUAGAAAAAGUGACUAAACAGAAAAAACAGGUUAAAGAAUGCGAAAAUGGAAAUUCUCAUACCAAAACUAAAAAUGAAUGUGUGGGUAAAAAGAGUAAAGCAAAAGAAAAUAACCAAGGCUCAAAAGAAACUAAUAAGACUGCUGACGACUCUAGUGUGGUAGUUAUAGGUAAUAUUAACAAAAAUUUAACAAAUAACACAGAAAUUGAAACACCAUAA